UGCAUCACGCUUGACGAUUUGAUUAUCAAGUUCAAAUCAAAUUGAACGCGUCCAGAAACUAAGCCAAAAAGCAAGCGAAACAUCUAAUCCAAACUCCUCCUUCCCGAAAAUAUGUCCACAAUCAAUACGCCUAUUUAUACACGCGUUUUCCUUCACCAAACCCCAAACUCACCCAUAAUACUAUUUCCCGUUCUCUUCAUCUUCUUCCUUGUUCGUCGUUUUUUUGUUUAACAGACUCUCUGAAAUCUCGGGGAUCUUGGUUUUCCUCGCAUUCCUCUUUAUUUACCUAAUUUUUUACUCCCAUAUGAGGCUCAAGGAAGAAUAUUCUCAUAACGUCGAUGACUACGACGACGAGGAUUCUGAAACGAUGUCGCAGAUUUCUGUCGGAGCUUUACAACAACAACAACAACAACAACUGAAAAACGUUGUUGUUGUCGGUUACGCGCUUACUUCUAAGAAGAUUAAGAGCUUUUUACAACCAAAGCUUGAAGGUUUAGCCAGGAAUAAGGGUAUAUUGUUUGUUGCAAUUGAUCAAAACAGACCUCUUUCGGAUCAAGGUCCUUUUGAUAUUGUACUGCACAAGUUGACCGGAAAAGAGUGGCGCCAAAUUCUUGAGGAAUAUAGACGAACACAUCCAGAAGUCACAGUUCUUGAUCCUCCUGAUGCUAUACAACAUUUACACAAUCGCCAAUCAAUGCUACAAUGUGUUGCAGAUAUGAAUUUAUCUGAUUCUUAUGGAAAAGUUGGUGUUCCCAGGCAAUUGGUCAUUAAAAGAGAUGCAUCAUCCAUUCCUGAUGCUGUAGCCAAAGCUGGGUUGACACUGCCCCUUGUUGCAAAACCAUUGGUUGCUGAUGGAAGUGCAAAGUCACAUGAACUAUCACUUGCUUAUGAUCAAUACUCCCUUCAGAAACUUGAACCUCCACUUGUUCUGCAGGAGUUUGUUAACCAUGGAGGUGUUCUCUUCAAGGUUUAUAUCGUUGGAGAAGCUAUUAAAGUGGUCAGGCGUUUCUCUUUACCUGAUGUAACUAAACGAGAGCUCUCUAAAAAUGCGGGUGUUUUUCGGUUUCCACGGGUUUCCUGUGCUGCAGCUUCUGCAGAUGAUGCAGAUUUGGACCCUAGUGUGGCUGAGCUUCCUCCUCGCCCUUUACUUGAAAGACUAGCCAAAGAACUUCGACGUGGACUGGGUCUUCGGCUAUUUAACCUAGACAUUAUCCGGGAGCAUGGGACCAGAGAUCAUUUUUAUGUCAUAGACAUCAACUACUUUCCUGGCUAUGGGAAAAUGCCAGGAUAUGAACAUAUAUUUACGGACUUCCUCUUGAGCCUUGUGCAGAGUGGAUACAAGAAAAGAUCAUGCUAGUGACUGUCCGAAACCCUUCAGGAAUCGAGAUGUUGAAAAACUCCGAAGCAUCAGAUGCUCUCAAUAAUCAUAUGCAAGAUGAGGUCUUGUACUUGUUACGGUACCCUUUGUAUAGCAUCAUGUAAUUCCUGCUAGCGGCUCAAGGAGGGUGUAUUUCAAAGUGCAAAAAGAUUUCAACCUCCAAAUUCUGUAAUUACAUCUUGCUGGUAGGAUUGUUCCCUACUAAGAAGUUUACAAUUUAAACAGCUCUUUAGAAAUCAACUUAAACUCAUUCUUGCUCGAUUCUUUUGUUCUACCUUGUAAUUACCCUUAUGCUGUUACAUGUAUCAUGGUGAUAGGAGAGCACUUUGGGGCAAUCAACAACAUUUCUCGUUCUUAAUACACAUUAUUUUGUUCCUUGCAA